AUGGUGGCCAUCUCACGUAUUAUUCGGCAUCCUAAGUACAACGUACGAGUCAGCUAUGACUUUGACAUUGCCCUUGUUAAAUUAGCUAAACCAAUCAACUACACUCGUGUUAUUCAACCAGUAUGCCUACCUUUUAUGGAUAGUCAUUUGGCGGCAGCGACUGCGGAUAUGGAUACCCCACUUGCUUCAGUUGUUCCAGGCACUGAUCGCUUGCACGAUAAUCAAGGCUUCACCUAUUAUAAAAGGGACGUGGAAGGUAAUAACGACAAGGCAUACGCAGAACUCAACAAAUUCUUUGAUCCAUUGGAGCAGAAGCGAAAGCAUGGACAGAAGUCAGUGUCAAAGGAGAAUAAUCUGACAACGUUCUUCCUUGAGGAGGCAGGGAGUGAGAGCUAUCGAAACGCAGUCAUGGAUGAAGAGCAUAAUCAAAAGGAUAUGAAACAGGAAAGCAAAGAUGUCCAAAUCUAUCCAGAAAAUGUGGACUCCUAUGGGCAUGGAUCUAUCUGUUAUGUGGCGGGUUGGGGCACAACUGAAGGUAAGGUUUUGUAUGUUAUCGUAAAAGCGAAGAGCGUUUAA